UCGUACUAUGUCUACGCCGUCUACGGGCGAUUCGUUGGCCGGCCGACGACGCCGGGCCGUCGCGCGCGUACGGGCGGAAGAACAAGAACACUCCGGCGAGAGCGGUGCUUCAAAGCGAGCCGCGUCAGAGGCUGGCGUUCAGUAGCGGGGCGCGCUUCGCGCUGGACGGACGGCGGUGGUGUGUGCCAACUCCUCGCUCGACGCGGCCAGGACGUGCGAUGCGCUGCGGGACUCUCGGGAGAACCGAUGAACCGAACCAGUGAUUGAUCGGCAUAUACGCACGACAGCGGUUCAACAUGUCCAUGAAGAAAGAAUCGCCUUGGGACGUGGAGCUGCAUUUGUCGGCGGCACGCGGGGACGCCAAACGUCUUCGUAUUUUAUUGGAUUCCGGACGCGUCCACGUUGAUUGCAAGGACAAGGAUGGCACGACACCUUUGAUAUUAGCCGCCGCCGGUGGCCACAUCGACGCCGUGACUGAGCUGUUGCACCAAGGGGCGGACCCCAAUGCCAAGAGGCUGACCGGGACAACAGCUUUAUUCUUCGCCGCCCAAGGCGGAUACAUGGACAUCGCGGGUCUGCUUUUGGAACACGGCGCGAUCGUGGAUUCGUGCAGCAUAGACGGCGGCACGCCGCUCUUCGUAGCGUGUCAGUACGGUCAUCUGGAUGUCGUGGAGGGCUUAAUAGAGAGAGGCGCCAGUCCGAACGCCCAUAUGAAGGACGGUGCCACGGCGUUGUUUAUCGCCGCUCAGAACGGCCACCUCCGUAUUCUGGAAGUCCUCCUGGAGCACGGGGCGAAGACGGAUGCGGUGAGAACGGACGGUGCCACGCCGCUCUGGAUUGCGUCGCAAAUGGGACACGACCACGUCGUCAGGAGGCUGUUGAGAGCCGGCGCGAAGGUCGACGCCACGAGACACGACGGCGCAACCCCGCUUUUCAAAGCAGCGCACAAGGGUCACACCGCAGUCAUCGGCGAGCUUCUCAAGUACCGUCCUUCGCUCGGCGUGCUCCCGAACGGCGAAAGUGCAUUACAUGCGGCAGCCUUGACGGGACACAUGACGGUUGCGAGGCAGCUCGUGGGAGCGGGGGCUGAUCCUUUGCUCGUAAAUCAGGAAGGCAUCACGCCGCUUCAGCUGGCCGUCCGACACUCGCAGACGCAGGUCGCCAAUUACCUGAGGGAUAAAGUGAGAGUGCGAACCGCAUCCUGUUAGCGAUACUUCCUCUAUCCUAAUACUACCAUAUCGAGAAUCUCGAAAUAUUGUUCGAUGCGUAUACAAAUAGAGUGUCAUGAAAAAGGGUAGUCUGGUCUUAAAAUCGAUAAGAAUUUUAUUACUGAUAAAAGAAUGUUAUAGUAAUGUUUAAAUGUGAAAAGUUAUUUUAUUAUUUUAUUAUAUAUAUUAAAGAAUGUUAUAUAAAUAUUAAGAAUGCGAAGCAUAAUAUAUAUCUUUUUUAUUACUGAUAAACUUCUUAUCGUCGCUGGAAAUAAAAUUAGGCUAUUCUUUUUCGUGCGCCGUUUUAUAUUGCAUGUGAUAUCAAUGAUCACACUAAGCACGCAAAAGAUGUGACAAUGAAAAGAAAUUUAAUUUCAUGUAGUAAUAUUAGCGGAUACGCUAACGAGCGUAAAUAAAAGUCGAUUAUAUUAAUAGAGACUGUGAGCAGGAAUCCGUCUUUAUAAAAGUGAUUAGGUCUGUUUGUUUAUGUCGUUCUUCUCUCCAAAGCCAGUUUGAUUUUAAGUACAGAAAGUAAAAUAAAAAGUGCGAUUAAAACAGACAGACCUAUUGUUAUGUAGUGUACAUAAUUAUGAUACCAUUCCGUUCCGUUGUAAAUUUUGAUAAAAAUAUUUUAAUACAGUUUUCUAUUGCCAGACGUAUAAAGUGACGUCAGAAUGUUGUGUUCGUCGAAAAAUAAUGUAUCUACUUCUUUCUGUUGUAUUGCACUGUAUAAUGCAUAGAUUUUAUAAAUUUCACCUAUUAACAGUAGUCCAAUGUCUCAUGCAAUUGCAUGCAAUGAAAAUUCAACGUAUGUCAGCAGUCUGUCUCCAGAAUAAGUGUACUGACUAUAAUUAUCGGAGAAGCAUUAUCAGUUGAUUUAUUGAAAUUGACGAGUUUAUAAGACUGACUGAUUUGCCUUGAGAUAUAUAUUUUCUUAUUAUGCAGGUAUAAAAUGCAGAUCUUUUAUCUAUUUCUUAUGUAAGGGAUGUGUGAGACGAUAAAGUUGUACUUGUCACAUUUGUUUAGAACACAUUUUAUUAUAAAAUAGCAUCGAUGCACACCAGGCAAUUGAAAAAUUACAACGCAUGAAAUAUCGCAUAUCGCAUUACAUUUCGGUUAUCGAAAAAUAAACUUCUAAAUGAAAUUAGAGUACACAGUGAUACUUAAACAUUUUACUUCAAUAUAAUAUUUAAAUAUUUUGAAAUAAUUUCAGCUUUGUAGAAAAGUAAUAAGUACUCCUGUCUUCCUAACAAACAGCACACGGUUCAUUAGGUGUAGUUAUCGUUAUUGUUAACGAAAAAGUGCAAAAAAUCAAUAAAGUGCUCUAUAAAGAAAACAGAUGUCUAAUAAUAUAUAAUGUUAUAUACUGAAUA